GCAAGUUUCGAUUGCCAUGGAAGGGCUGAACGCGACGCUGCACGACCCUCGCUUCAAGCGUGGCAUUACGCUGCUCAAGGAAAAGAGAUAUGAGGAAGCUGUUGCUCACUUUGAGGACCUUCUUCGCACCAUGAUCGAGUCGGAGAACAAAGGGGACACGUUGCAAGUGGCGCCAGUUUACUACGAAUACGGCAAUGCGUUGUUGUCGUACUCUGAAGCGACGGCAAGCGUGUUUGGCAAGGACACUGUCAAGACUGAUGACGGCGAAGAAGAGGAGAACGAUCUGGAGGUGGCAUGGGAAAUGCUGGAAGUUGCACGCGUAUUGCUUACCAAACAUGAAGGCGAAGACUCUCGAAUUGACACGGAACUCGCCCGCGUGUAUGUGCGUCUUGGGGACUUGGGCAUGGAGUCGGAUUUGUUUUCGCAGGCCCGCAGCGAUUACGAGCGCGCGAUCGCAUUGCAUCACAAGCACUUGGUGCCGCUCAAAGAUGACACGACGCCGUUGGCAGACAUCUACUGCUGUUUGGCGAUCACGUGCAUCUACGAGUACACGAAGCAGCCGGGAGUUGACGACGACGACAAUGCCGAUGGCGAGCAAGUCGAAGCCACCGACGAGGCAGCGGCGCCCGCCAAAAUGACACAAGCCGAGCUCGAGUUAGCUGGCGUCAAAUACUAUGUUCAAGCUGGACAUGUCAUGGUGGACAACAUCUACAGGCAGAGCGAAAAGUGUUCAAGUGUCGUGCAAGAGUUUGUCAAGAAGCACAUCCCGCAGCCAAUCUCCAAGACCCCGACGUCUUCCAAGGGCAAGGCCAAAGCCAAAGUCGACCGAAUCGAAGACCUCGUGCUCAAGUACAACAACGGCGAGUACGACCAGAUGCGAAAGCAGUUCCUUGCUUCGGUGACCGCGGGACGUCCUGAUCCAAACCCCACGUCAGAUGACGACACGCGCCAGCUCGACCAGGACGAGAAGGAUGUGCUCAACUACUUGGAAAUCUACACCGAAGUCAAAGAAAAGGUGGAUGGACUGCGGGAGAGCUACACAACUGGCCGUGCUGAAGUUGCGGCUGCGAUCGCCACCACAUCGGGUGACGCGCCCACGGGUGCCGUCACUACCAUUGGGUUUGGUACAGACAACUCAACAAGCACUGCCAGUGUGACCUCGAUCGGUUUUGGCGCACCAGCAACAGCAUCCACGGAGCCUUCCAUAGGAGCACCUGCAUCUGCCCCAACAGUGAAUGUCCUGCCGGUCACGAAGAAGCGGAAAAUCACUCCCACCACAACCGAGACAAAUUCCGGCUGAGUAGAAAUUACCCAUGUACUCAACGUGCACUGCACACACCAUGUAAACAUGGCGCCACUAUAGCUCA